CAUACAGAAUACCGACAUGGAAUUGUCUAUCGUGGCUUGCGUGUGAAAUAAUACCCAGUCUAUUCGAUCUACAUAUUCACUAGACGUCAUCAAUUCUCGUUUUGUCUGCAAAAUAAGGGCCAGGGAAAAGAAAAGUUACAAAUUACAAAAGGUUUGAAUAGCAUAACAUUGAUGGCUGGAUUACCGGAUGUCGGUCGACCUGUUUCAGGACAAAACGAUCCUCCUGAUCCUCACCAUAUGUGGUUGGACGUUCCAGGGAAUCGUCAAAAGAGGAGGGUCUUGCAUCUCUGUGAAGUAUUUGUGAAAGAGAUUGAAGCACAAUUUCUGAACAAACUGGAAAAAGUAAGCGACGAGGCAAGGCGCUCAUUAAGUGGAAACUUAGUGCAGAAAUUCGAAGAUGGGGCAACUAUUUCAAUUGCCGGAUUGGGCAUUGUUGCUGGUUGCACCGCUUUUGCAGCGAGUGCCGCACUCUCGGGCGGUAUUUCAAUUGCUGGAGCCAUAAUAAUUUUGAUUCCAAUAGCCGUAAGAAAAUAUAAUCAAAAAAAGGAAAAAAAUCGUGCUCAAAAGGUCGAGCUGGUUACACACGAGGAAUUCCCUUUCUAUUUAGUAUCGAUAGUUAGAGAUGCUGCAAACGAACUUUCUCGCAUUUUUGAGUACCAGUUAAACGUUUUGAAAUGUGAACGCCAAGUAAAAAUCUUGGCUAAAUGUGCGGUCGAAUUGAUGUUGGAUUUCAAGGGUGAUGAGAAGUUUGAAAGGGAUACAUUGCUAAGGAAGGUGCUACAAGACGGAAAAUUGAAGAAUAAUGAAAAAUUCAAAAUUGAAAAUGAUAAGGAAUGGUCAGCUUUUAGUUUGUUUCGAAAGCCUGGAUUGCGUCGUGGGGAUCAUGGAAAAUUUCUGUUUAAAGUCAAGAAAGGUUGUAACGCUCAGAAGUAUGGAUAUCGCUCUGAGUUUCUUGAAAUGAAGUCUGGUGUCGAUGAGAUUGAAAAUCGCAGAGUGGGAAAGCUGAAAGAGUCAUGUAGCAAAUGUUCGGACGAGGAGUUCAUCCAAGGGAUAUAUUUUGUUGGAUCAAGUAUCGAUGAUGAAUAUAGCACAGUGUGCAGGGAGAAUAAUCCUCCAGAGCAUUCGGAUUACAUUCCAGUCCAUAUUUUGGUGCGAUGUCCCAAAGUUUUGAAUUCCUUUGCCGACAAUCUGAAAGCAGUUCCCUCGUUGUCCAACUUCUUGAAAAACAUGUUCUCCCUUCCUGAAGAUCAUAUCCUACAACCCGUCUUUCGUCGACAUUCACAAGCUAGAGUUUCAAAAUUGUCCGGAGCAGAUCUUACUGGAACGGAUUUGAGCCACGCCGUGUUCAGAGGAUCUUCCCUUAAAGAGUGCAUAUUUAAUAGUUGCUGCAUGUUCUUUGCAGAUCUAUCGCAGGCAAAGCUGUCUGGCUCAACAUUCAAUUCCACAUCAAUUGUGCACAGUUAUCUGAUGGAGUCAAGUCUUACAUGUAGUGCGUGGAUUAAAACAAAUGUACAUUAUUCACGGGUCGAAGGAGCGGAUUUUUCCCGCACACGACCAAGCAUCGGUGGAAAUUCUUUCAAAGGUACCAACGUCUCGGAGGCCAAAUCCGAAGGGACAGGACCAUUUGAUUUGGAUGAAAGUCCCAUAAGCACGUGCGAAGAUCUGCAAUUUGAAUACUUUGAAAGAGAGAGUAUCGACGCUGAAGUUCAAGAAAUUAAAAAAGGUGAACCUGUUUUGCUGCAUGGUCCGACAGGAACGGGAAAAACCUCAAUAGCGGAACAUUUUAUCGAGUUGAACAAGCAGAAAUUUUUCAUUCGCUGGUUCUUAGAUGUAUCUGAAGCUGAAGAUAGCAUCGUCGCCUCUUUAACCAACUUAGCUCGAAAACUUGGUGUAUCCUAUGAUCAAUUAUUUGAAACUAUCAACAAGCAAGCCACGGAGAGGAAAAUGAUAUUUCUGCUGGACAACUCGAGCAAGCUAAAAGGCUCAGCCCUUACUCGUCCAAGAUGGUUCACGAAGCUUUGGAGUAUCAGGAAAUCGAUUUACAUUAUAAUCGUAAGCAAGGAAGUCUUUUUGGAACCUGAUGAAGCGAAAAGGAUUGCAGUGGAAGAGUUUAAGGAGGCCGAAGCGUUUCUUAAAGACGUUCACACUAACAACCCCGAAGAUAUCCCGAAACUUUGCGAACAUUUUGGUUGGAAUAUCCUUGGUCUGUCAGUUGCCAAAUGGUACAUGAUGGAGUAUGGAUUUCUCGCUCAUGAAUAUCUGGAGUUUCAGUAUGACAGAGUGAAAGAGGAUGUUCGUAGAACUGAAUUAGACCGCCAUGGGAAGACACUUUUCUCAAGCGUGUACGCAUGUUUAGAAAAGGUUGAUGAUUCCAUUCUCCGCACUAUUGCUUGUGUAUCUCUGAUCUAUCAUCAAAUGAUUCCAGAAUUCCUUUUGAUUGGUCAGUUUUCCUCGGGCUCACGAAAGGAGAAUAUGAUCGAGCUAACCCAUGUCAAAAGACAGCUCAAGCCAUUUCUUCGCAUUACUGUCGAAAAGGGCAUUCGUUUCUUUUCUCUUAACAGUUUCACAAAGUAUGUGAUCAGUGAGUUGAUCGAUGAGAAGGAGCGUGCAAAUCUUCCCUGCAGAUUGGCUGGAAUACUCGCGAAGCAUUUCAGCAAGGAUAAUCGCUUUUCAAAAGGAAAUUUCUUGCAGCGUCUCAUGCGUGAACAUGCUAAUAAAUUUCUGCAGCUGUCGGGAAACACGAGAAAUGAAGACGCCCGCACGUCCAUCGCCUUAGCUCGUUUGUCGGAGCUCAUCGGUUUCGUCCUCACUCAGGAAAAACCAUUUAACGAGAAAGUCGCGGAUGAUCACUUUCAACGCGCUCGAAAUCUACUUCACAGCCUGUGCGAAAUACAAACAAACGAUUUCCAAGGCAAUGGAGAAAAAUCACUUUCUGAAAACUUUCCCGAGGAGUAUGGCAUAACCGAGAACGACGAGGCAGUUUCCUUGCGUUUGUUUACUUUGCUGUCACGGAAAAGCUCGGAGCUACCGUUGGAUGAUGUAAAGGAACUUGUUUUCUUGCGUACUAUCGACGAACAGGAUGUUGCAUUGUUUCCUGAAGAAGUCAGAAAGAAUCAGGCCUUGAAGGAAAAGAUUGCAUACUCGGAUCCACUUUCCCUUGAAAAUGUUGAUCUACUUGUUUCCCACGGAGUGGCAUACAGCGAGGCAUCUUACAAGGAGUUGUUUCUACCAGAGCUGUACGUGUCGAUAAUUUACUCCCUAGGGCGAAAUUAUUUCUACAAGAAUUCGACCACCACCCAGAGUCUUAUUCACCCACCUCCUUUUUACGUCAACCUUUUAAAGCUAGCUUAUUGCUUAGCACGGAAGAUAAGCGAACGAAUGAAUCCUGGCGAUGCAGUUUUGCAUGAGUAUUUGGCGCAAACGAAUGGUCUUCUGUAUCUUCUGGUCAACGACGACUUUGUGAAUAAGGAUGGCGAAUUCGUCCAGAAGGAAAAACAACACCACUGCAAUGAUUUGAAGGCUGCCAUCAAACUCUACCAAGCGUUGAUCGAUGACAAAAGGCAAUUCUUCGAAAGAGGAAUGUUAAAGAAGACAAAUGACGACGUAUACAGCAAGUUGGUUUGCCAUAGACAAAUCUUGGUGUGCCUUAAGAAGUUGAUAAAGUACGAGGACGGUGAUGACCGCGAAAAACAUAUCAAAGCUGGCAAUCUUCAUUGCGAUGAACUUUUGAGGCUUUUACGUAUUAUAGCGCCUCAAGAUGGCAAGAGGGAUGUUCUAGUUCAACAGUUCAGAUAUUUCAACGCCAUUGCUGAUUUUUAUUCCAAUAUCCAGAGUUCGAGUAAAGAUCUCCGAUUAAUACACAUCCACAUGAUUUCUGCUGAGUAUGCUAAAGAGCACGAUUUCAUUCCGCAGUAUGUGGACGCUUUGGUUAAACUUGCAGACAUUUUUUGCCGAAUUGGCAUGGAUGAUAAACCCGGGGCAACCCACGUCUCCACCAGUUACGUCAAGCAAUGCGACAGCUUGGAAAGUUGCCGAGAAAUUCAGCGCCGAGAGCCUCAGAUCCAAGAAAAACUUCUGGAUAUUAAACGAAGAAAUCUCAGAGCAAUUUUCAUUCGCUGGGCUUCCUUCCGAUCACAGAGACGGCGGAACCGGAGAGUCAAAUGCACCCCAAAGUUUUGUGGAGGGAGAAAAUGUGCGCUUCUUUAAGAGUGGCGAACCUUAAUUUUUGAGCUAAAAUAUGUUUCAAUAUAUUUCACUUUGAAACUUUGCACUUUUAGUAAAUUUUGGAUGCUCUUUCUAGCCUUACUGGCAAAUUAAAACUUUUUUCCAAUGGAGAAAUGGUUUUUUAAAGUAAUUCUUGAAUAGAAAUAUUCCUUUUUUACUUUUUAAUUGUUGUUAUAUACACAAGUAACGAACCACGCACCAUAUAUCACCCGAACAUAUUGAGCACACAUCACGCUAUAUUUUAUUAUUUUAAUCUGUAAUCACGUGCACGUUCACGUUUCUAAUCGACUCUCUUCGAAGUACUUUUCAGUAAUCAAUCAUAGUGAAUUAGAUUCAGAUACAACUGCAUGUUCUGAUGUUCAUAAUUAUCAUAAAGCUAAUUGUAAUGGUAUCGUCUUAUAGUAAAGGUUUGUUAUAACAGUACAUACGUGUAAUUGGAUGAAAUAUAAAACAU